ACAGAUUAAGAAUAUGUAUAGCUAGCAUCUUUGCGUGAAAUUAUUUGAUGGUUUGCUGUUGGGUGCGUGUUUUUAUUAUAAAGAAGUACAUAUGUUUUUUAUUAUAUAUAAGGUGUAGCUUUUUUGGGUACACAAAAAUAUAAUCUAAAACGGUAUAUAUAAGUUGUCAAAUCACACGUUUCUGCGGCUGGGAAAUGGGUAAGGUUAAGAAGUUGAAACCUUCCCAAGUUGGAAGAAACGUAGCUCUUGCAGAUCAAAUAGAAAGAGAUGCCGUGGCUUCGAUAAAAAACAGGAAUAGAACAAAGGAGCGAACUAUACGUGAAGACGAUGAAGAGUUUAUUAAUGCAGAUCUGUCAAAGAAAAUUCUCAAAGCUGCCAGAAGACAGAGAGUUGAAUUUGAUGAUAAUACAGAAACAUCACCCUCGAAGCAUUUGCAAUUACCUACAUCUUUAAAUGAAGUUGAUUCUGAUGAGAACUCUGCUUCAGACAAUGAUGACUUGGAACCUGAUAAUUAUUAUGAUAACCUUGAUAUAAAUGCAGAGGACGAAGACGCAUUGAAAUUGUUCAUGUCCACUAAACCAGAAAGAACUCGUACUUUAGCAGACAUCAUAAGGGAUAAGAUAACAGAUAAACAAACUGAACUCCAAACGCAGUUUUCAGAUGCUGAAACCUUAAAAUUACAAAAUGUUGAUCCUAGGAUUAAAGUAAUGUAUGAAGGUGUUAGAGAUGUAUUACAAAAAUAUCGUUCAGGAAAAUUGCCUAAGGCAUUUAAAAUGAUUCCACAUCUUCAAAAUUGGGAGCAAAUAUUGUAUCUUACAGAACCAACAACUUGGUCUGCAGCAGCUAUGUAUCAGGCUACUAGGAUAUUUGCAUCAAACCUCAAAGAGAAAAUGGCUCAGAGAUUUUAUAAUUUGGUUCUUCUACCUCGUAUUCGUGAUGAUUUGGCAGAAUACAAAAGGCUAAAUUUUCAUUUGUAUCAAUCUCUUAGAAAAGCUCUAUUCAAACCUGGUGCUUUCAUGAAAGGAAUUUUGCUUCCACUACUGGAGGCUGGAGAUUGCACAUUGCGUGAAGCUAUUAUUGUUGGAUCAGUUCUCGCUAGAAAUUCAGUGCCUGUAUUGCACUCCAGUGCCGCGAUGUUAAAGAUUGCCGAGAUGGACUACACUGGAGCAAGUUCCAUUUUCUUAAGAAUUUUGUUUGAUAAAAAAUAUGCACUGCCAUAUCGAGUAGUGGAUUCUGUAGUGUUUCAUUUCUUAAGAUUUCAAAUGGACUCACGUAAUUUACCAGUUUUAUGGCAUCAAGCACUUUUAACAUUUGUUCAGCGUUAUAAAGCUGACAUUUCUACUGAGCAGAGGGAUGCCUUGCUAGAGUUGCUUAGGAAGCAAUCACAUCCAAGUAUCACUCCAGAAAUACGAAGAGAAUUACAAGCGGCCAAAUGCAGGGAUAUUGAAGUUAAUGAGUCAUUAACUGCAGCUAUGGUUGUGGAAUAAAUAUUUUUAUAUAAAUGUUUUAUCUGUUUUAUUAAAUUUAUUUAUAUUGACAGUUUGUUUAUCAUUAAAAGUAGUUCUUAUGAUAUCAUAAUUAUCUUAACUUUUUACAAAGAAAUAUGUAUCUAAGAAUAUUUAUUUUUCUGUUACUUUGUUGAACAGACACAAUUCAACAGGUUUAUCAACUUGACUGGUAAUAAAGUGAACUGAUGGCAGAACUGUAGAUCCACAUUCACAUUUUCUACCCGAUACAAAAUCAAAGGAGCCGACUUUGAAUCCACAGUUAUAACAAUGUAAUUUGCCUUUGGUCCAAUUUUCUUCUUCAAUUUUAAAUUUUAUCCAUUCUGGUAUUUUAUUAUCGUCUAGGAAGAUAAAAUUAUGCACAUUAUAGCUAUUACAUUUUUGAGGGCAAUUGUUUACGCUGUAAUCGAAUCCAUAUAACAGCACAUGUCGACAUUUAUGGCAUUUGAUUUCUUUCAAUGGCUCCAUAUUUAUAGCAAUUGCCCGCAUAUAAGUGCAAAAACUAUGCAAAGAGAAAUUAAACACUACGUUAUAAACUAAGUUCUAUCACAGAUUAUAAGUGUAUAGCACAUUACAAACGAUUUAAUCACUUGCGACCUUAGAUUAUAA